AUGACAGUUGACAAAGUGUUGGAGAAGAAGAAUGUGACCAUCCUUGAGGGUCUGCUGACCCCAUGGCCCCCAAACCAAGACGCAGACAAAAAGAUCAUAACUUACCUCAGAUCCAUUCGAAGGAAGACCCUGUCCCCUGACUGUUGCAUCAGCCUUUUCCAGGCCAUGGUGGAGAUGAGAGACCACAAAGUCAAAGACGAGAUUCAAGAAUACCUCAAACUCUCGGAUCGCUCAAAAACAGAGUUAUCUCCUCUGCACUGCUCUGCUUUGGUAUAUAUGCUGCAGGUGUCGAAGAACGAACUGGAUGUGCUGGACUUGAAGAGCUACAACACAACAGAUGAGGGUCGAAGGAGGCUAAUACCAGCUGUGAGGAGCAGCAGAACAGUGAUUCUGGAAAACUGCAAAGUGACUGGGGAGUGGAUUGAACACCUGGUAUUUGGUCUCAAAUUCCCAUUUUCCCCUCUGCGGCAUCUGAACCUGAGCAACAAUGAUCUUGAAGAUUCUGGAGUGGAGAUCCUCUGUAAUGGACUGUCAAGCCAGACCUGCAGAAUUGAGACACUC